AUGCAAAUCCCCAUCACCUUUCCCUCACUCAUCAUACUGUCCACCUUCAGUUUCACUGGAGUCUCUGGCAAGUGCUUCACCAGCGGUAUCAAUUGGUCGAGCAAGGACUUGGCUGUAGGCCAUGUCGAAGCAGCCUGUCGUGGCGGCGUUUUCACUGGUGUCUUCAAACCCGGUGAGAGAAAGUACCUCUGCGUCAGGGCCGGUGAAAACCUCAAGUGGGAAUUCGCCAUCACCAACCAAAACACCCGCGAUUCAUUCGACCUUCAGGACGAACACUGUAUUGGCGGACUAGGCAACGAAGUUCGUGGUUGUGAUAAGGGAGGGGUUAGCAGUGUCUCUGGAUGGGAAUUCAGUUCUGAUCCCAAUGUUGGAUACUGCAAGUGA